UAUACAUGGUCAACGAACAGUCCAAGAUGCUGUCAACAGUGCUAGCUAAAUAAUAAUGUGGUGCGACGUUAACCAGAGCCGCUCUCGAGGGGCCCGGAGGUGACCACCGGACGGAGAACCACUGUCAGUUAUUCCGAAACGGAUGGGCCCGACGACCUAGGGCCGCGACGUCGGACCCUCGUCAAGGGAAAGGACCCGGCCCGUUUCUACCUGGUCCCCGUACCCAGAGUUGUGCAAUGAUGGGUCUGCAGGCCGCAGCAGGAAAACGAAAGCUCGAGGGAAGCGUGGGUUGUACGGAUUUCGAUAUGGAUAUGGGCGAGAGCCCGUCAAAAUUGGGACGCGUCGAAGGUAGCUGGUGGGCGAUGGAGGACGGUGGCGGCGGCGGCGGCGGAGGAGGAGGACGAGGAGAAGGAGGAGGCGGCGGAGGCGGAGGCGGAGGAGGAGGAGGAGGAGGCGGUGGAGGAGGUGGAGGAGGAGGAGGGGGCGGCGGAGGCGGCGGCGGUGGUACCGGCGGUGGUGGUUACACGCCGCCCCUGAGCACCGCGGGUAACCAGACGACGACUACGACAACGUCUUCUGGGUCCUCGUACUACGAGAUGGAGAUAUCGUCGCCGUGCCUUCAGGGCAACCCCUGCCAACCGUCCGGAGCGUCCCCGAGUCCGGGUCAGCUGCACCACCACCACCCCCAACACUACUACCGAGGACCGGCGGUAGGCGGAGGUGGUAACGGUUACAACCAUAACCACAACCACCACAACCACCACCACCACCAUCAUCACCAUCAUCAAUUAUCCAGGCCCCAACCCCAGUGGGGAACGCCGCCUCACCAUUACGAACCUCCGACGAUAAGGCGCGAGGAAAACGGCAAAAGUUACCUCGAACUCGGGUCCAGCUACAGGGCGAACGAACGAUGCUGCGAGGGUUCGAGGACCAGCUGGUGCAGGCGGGGUAGGGCGUGCUACAGGCAGCGGAGACUCGCCGUACUUAACAUCUCCAUGUGCAAGCUGGCCAGGUACCGGCAAUUCCCCGAUCCCAGCCUCCACCGUUCCGUCCUCAUAUGCAACACCCUGAGGCACCUGGAGCGGGAGAUGGAAAGGGACCGCAGCCCGCCCCCCAUGGAGCCGGUUAUCCCGGCGCCGAUGGCGCAGCUACAGCCCCCCGAACAGGGGAGGCUGACGCCGUUCCCACUGCCCCCGACAUCGUCGUCGGCAUCGUCGUCGGGCGAGACGGACGCGGACUCGGGUAUCGGGGAGAGCGAAGGUGAUAGCAGGUCGAUAAACUGGGGCAGCGUUUUGUCAUUGUCCAGUCAGUCGCCCCUCGAUCCAUUGAACAACAACGAACUACUGGACGUCGACAUUGGUCCCGAUCUAGAGGACUUCAUGCCCGGAUGGAAACUCACCCCGCUAUCAGCCGACGAUAUACUCAGGAGUACGAACGGCGGUUUACACCAGGAUCAAAUGAUGAUCACGUCCGGUCCCCAACCACCCUGCGGCGGUACACCGACGACGACGACGCAGCACGAGUCGCUCAUGUGCGUCGGAUCAUAGCCACCGAUAUUGACGUCGUUGAGUCAUCUCAUCGAUUUUUAUCCCCUCAGUCCCCAAUUAAGUAAUAGCAAUUCAGUCCCAAAGUCUUUGAUACAUUCUUAAGGAGACUUUUUCUUUUCCUGUAUUAUAACUAUACAUACAUACAUACAUACAUACAUACAUACAUACAUACAUACAUACAUAUAA